CAACAAAAGGACGUCCGCAAACUGGGCAUCGGAAUAGCCAAGCAUAGUGAUUGACCAAUGCACGUCUAUAUAAAGUGAAAACAAAUCAAAUUCAGUGUUGAAAUUCAAUAUACAUAUAUUACAAUAUAUAUUUGUUAUUUGAGUGAUUUUUAAGUGGGGCUUUAACAUGACGAACUGCAUCUGGCUGCUGGCCAUUAUGGUGGCGGUAAACGCGCGUUCCCUACAAGUGCCACAUGGUUAUAGUGGUGGUCUUCCCCCAACUCAUCUACCCAAUCCAUACUACGUACAGCCCUACCCUGCACCAGCACCCUAUAUACCAUAUAGCUACAAGCAACGACCUUUCAUCUAUAGUCCACCGGGAAGUUACUUCGAUAGCUCGUAUGGCGUUCGUAGGCCACUACCUGGAGGUGGUGACCCUGUUGCUGUGGACUAUAAUAAUCGCUGCUCUAGGAAUUACGUGGGCAUCAAACCGCACCCGGAUCAGCAGGAAUAUUAUUAUGUUUGUCGGCCGAACUGUGUGAUCUUUAGCAAGUGUCCCAAUCUGGAAAAAUUUAACCCAAGGAGCGGACAUUGCGUGCAACGCGUUCGUCCUGAUUAUCCACCUAUUUGCCAUAAGGAAGGCCGCUUUCCCUACCACCACGAUUGCAGGAUCUACUAUAAGUGUGACAAGGAUCUGAUGCCUUGUCUGUACGGUUGUCCCACUGGCACCAUAUUCUCCCCGAUCGAGAGCAAAUGUAUUCCUGGCGAUGAAUGUCCUUCGACGGAAAUCUCCGACAGCGGCAGCUACGUACCCGAGAAUUGUGAGCUUAAGUUUCCAGAGUGCACAGAUGAAGGGUCCUUCAGAUCACCUAAUGAUUGCACCUUGUACUACACCUGCAAGCUGCAGUCCAGUGGAAACUAUUUGCAGACGCGCUUCAAAUGUCCUGCCAACACAAGCUAUGAUCAGGGUCGUAAAGUCUGUCGGCCACACCAUGAAGUUGAUUGUGGUGCUUAUUUGCGAAUUUCCGGUAUGACCUAUGCUCCAGUGGCUCCGUAUUAUCCAUAUGUCUCCGAAGCACAGUUCGACACAGAGACCGUGGACAAGAAGCAAGAGCAACCAGAGGGCAGCGUCAAUAUUGUAAUACUACCCACAACGCCCGCAACAACAGUUGCGCCCCCACUUACGACAACAUACAAAUAUCCUAGCUAUCCAUCAUAUCCAUAUUACCCAACGUAUCCCCUCUAUAACAAUUACAAUCAGAACAAUGAAGACCCAGCAACACGCAGCCUUGUUGAAGCAAAUCCAGAACAAGAAUCGUCUGUUAAAAUAGUCAUCUUACCGACAACAGGCAAACCAACAACCGAACCCUAUACUCAGAAAUAUAAGUACUUAAAAUCCUACACCAGUAGAAAGCUCUUCUGGACUACCACUAGUACUACUACGAGAACGACGCCCACGACAACAACACCAAUAACUCCAAAGCCAACUACAACCAAAACGACAACAACUCCCAAGCCGACAACAAUUCCCAAGUUAGCAUCAUCCACAACGACAACAACGCCCAGGACAAGAACACCAACAACAACAACUCCCAAGCCAACAACAACUCCCAAGCCAACAACAACUCCCAAGCCUACAACAACUCCCAAGCCUACAACAACUCCCAAGCCAACAACAACCCCCAAGCCAACAACAACUCCCAAGCCUACAACAACUCCCAAGCCAAAAACAUCUCCCAAGCCAACAAAAACUACAAAGCCAAAAAAAACCACAACGACCACAACGCCCAGGCCAACGACGCCAACAACUCCCAAGCCAACAACAACGACAACACCUACACAGCAAACACCAACGACAACAAUUAUCACUACAGCGCCCACAACAACAACAACUACAAUAACUACAGCCAGGUCAACACCAACUUCCAAGCCAACGACAACGACAACAAGAACAACUCCAGGCCCAACAACUACACCGACAACAACAACAACAACAAGUACAACAGCAGCAACUUCGAGACCAAUGACUACAACCACAGCAUCAGAGCCCACAACAACUCAGAUAAUAACAACAACUCCAAAACCAACGACUACUCGGACAACAACUUUAAGAGCUUCAACUAAUCUGCCAACAAGUACACCAACAACUACCCCGACAACAAUUCCAACAUCAAGCAAGACAACAACCCCAACAACAAAGACUCCGACAACAAUAGCUCAAAAAAUCUUCGCACCGACAACAACAACAACACCGAAACCAACAACUCCCACUACAACUUCAGUAGCCACUACCACUCCCACUCCAACGACAACAACAACUCCCACUUCAACGACAGGAAGUACGACCCAGCUAACAACAACAAUGGCAACCACAACCACAGCCCCUGGUCAGAACAACACCACAAAAGUACUACCUUGCGGUAGAGAAGAACAACAGCUCAACAGCAUCACCAACAAUAAGCACACAGAACCCGAUUCACAAUUUGCCACAAACACAUUGAUUGGAAACCAUUUGUUCAGGGAAAGUGAUCCAGAAUCCUUGCCACUGUCCCAAAGUUUAGUUUCCAGCGAGAAUAGUCUCGACUACGUGAACGAUGAGUCCGCUCCGGGUGCGCACCAGGAAGCGCUUAUCGAUAGCUCAACAGUAAAAUUGACAACAGCUAAUCCGCUCCAGAAACCCUCGACAAUGACAAGUGAUCCAGCAUCCUUGCCACUGUCCCAAAGUUUAGCUUCCAGCGAGAAUAGUCUCGACUACGUGAACGAUGAGCCCGCUCCGGAUGCGGACCAGGAAGCGCUUAUCGAUAGCUCAACAGUAAAAUUGACAACAGCUAAUCCGCUCCAGAAACCCUCGACAAUGUCCACGUUGGCAGCGACGCAAAUAUUACAAAAGCUAUUCAAGGUAAUAUCCACAACAGAAGCGCCUGCUCCAAGAGUAACCUUUGCCGAAAUGGCCAAGCACAAUCUGGCAAAAUCGAAGACAUUUAUAGCGGAAUCCCUGCGUCAGUCCAUCAGGCAGUUGGCAUCAAAUAAUACGCUUGAGCAUACAGAUAAAGAAAUAGUUUCCAAGUCACAAAAUGCUACUGAAGACUCUCAAGAAUCUGAAUACUACGAUAGCGAGUAUGAUACCGAUGAGCUAGAUAAUGUUAUUGAUGAUAAUAAUGAUAAGCUCAAAAAUGCCAGCGUAUCAGUUGAAAACUCAACGAUUAGCACAACAACAAAAAUGUCACUAAAUGAUUCCACAACAACAAUCAGAUCAGUUCAGAGUGCAAUAAAUGUGGAACAUGUCACUGCCAAUCUUAAGGAUCUUUUAGAGACCAGCUCCAGCGUGCCUGUGGCGGCUGUAGUGAAUGCAACAAUCUCCAACAAAAAUACGACCAGCGAUUCGGAUUACUCCGAUAAUUAUACGGAUUCCGAUUAUGCCAAUGAUGAGCCCGCUUCAGAUGAAGAGUCAAUUACUAUUCCGGAUAUUAGUGCGCAGAAAAACUCGCUUAUCAAUCUGCUUAAGCAGAAACUAAUCUUGCCAAGCAGUACAUUGGCGCCCAUUUCAGUGACACCCAGCUUAAAUGGUAACUUCAAAGAUUCCGCUAAUGUGAAUAAUGAGCACGUUGUUGAAGAAACCACCACAGCUAAAGAUCUAAGCAAGCACAAAAACGAGUUAAUUAAUCUGCUAAAGCAGAAGCUGAGGACAACAACUACCUCAACGCCAAAAACCACGACUACCAACUUAAUAAUCAACUCCAAGGAUGUCGCAUUUGUGCCCGUUGCUGCUAAUGAAAUUGCCAGCUCACAAACUAAAGACUCGAGGGGAUUAUUAAUCAACCUGCUGCGACAGAAGCUGACUAGAAUGGCGCUGGUCAAAAAGGCCACAGAGCUAAUGGCAAGAAGCACAACCUUGGCCCCCAUUACAAGAGUGGUGAGCAGCACGGCGCAGACCACAACGACCGCCAGUUCAAUUGCAGACGGUAGCAACAAUUCGGAAUAUUAUGAUGAUGAAGAUUACGACUAUGUAAACGAUGCGGAGAGCUUAGGCACAGAAGCGACUAUUAAUCAGGAAACACUUAGGUCACCGAAAGGUGGCGUUGGGGCAACAGCUAAACGGCACUCGACACACCCAUCACAAAGCCUAACUUUACUGAAGGCAAGCCAAGUCAAGAGUCCGAAUGUAAGCAGAUUUGUCUCCCAUGUCGGCAAUGAGUUAACGAGCGAAACCAACAUGAAUCAAGUAAUUGAAAGCCUUGCAUUAAAGACUGACAUCCCAGCUCUGCCCAUACCUCAAUUUCUCACCCAAUCUGGCAAUGAGGUUAGCGGGGGAUCAAAGCAUAAAUCAAAAAGCGAGCCAGUCACCAAAACAACACUUAGACAAAUACGCACAAUAAAUACACUUAAAGAAAAACAGAACAAAGAACAACAGAAGCAGAAGCCACUGCAGCAUCACAACAGCACUGUUAAACCAAAAACAACAACGACAACAACAAGAACAACAACAGCAAAAACAACACAGGUAACCCCAGCAGCCAUACGCCAAGAGAUCCUCACGGUGAACAGAAGGACGUGGCUGCUGGAAUCACAACAACAAACCAUACACCUAGCACCAAUUCAAGCCCCCCCAGUGACUCAUGCGAAUCGUUCAUUAUUAUUAGAGCAUACCACAGUCGACUACACGACAGAGAAGGUGCCUAAGCUCAUACUGAAGGUCUAUGAGCCCAUCGAUGUGAAGGUCGUCUUCUGUCCAAGAUCCUGCAAUGAAGACCACGAUCACAAAUAUGACCCAGCUGAUAAUUCUAAGUCGAAUUGUACAACAGGUUGUGAUACGCCCAACCCUAAAACCCAUCACAGUAUAGAUUUAUGGUGGAAGCCACUUCAGCUCAGCGACACCGCUGGUUUCCAGACGAUAACAUAAGUAAAUUAUAGUUGCCCGAAGCGGCUCUUAACAUGGCUAUACAACAUUAACUACACAUUAAACACUAACAAUGUGCGUAUAAGGUAUAUAUGUAAUCGUGUACACUUUAAUAAACAUUAUAAAUAAAUUA